AUGAAAGAACACAGAUGGCUGCAGCCUCCAUCAAAACGGGAAAGUCCCAGUAGAGCUGCCUUCCAAAUGACAGUCUCUGCUAGCAGAGCCGAAACAGAGCCUGGGCUCGGGUCCUGGCGAAAGGAUGGCAGCAUUAGCUUUGCAACUGCCUGGCUACCUUCUGAUGCUACCUGUUUUGAUCUGUUUCAGAAUCUUUGGGUGCCAGUUUUGAGCUUCUGGAGCAGUGUUGAUGGCAAGGUUGACAAGCUUAUGCAAAUGGUGAUCUGGCUUUCGUGGACCACCGUGUGUGCUCCCCCUCAUUCGCAGAUGUGUGCCGCCGUAUUCUCCUAUUCCCCGGUGCCUGGCUACGCUGACUGUACUGCUUUCUGUGUCCCCCAAACUGGACCACACCUUCCAGGCAUUUCUCUCCACCCACCUUUAGUUCAACACUGUGUGAAACGCCUCUAUGUCUUCUGUUGUAGUCUGUGCUUGACUCUGAUGGCCAACAGGACUCUGGGCUUAUACCCAAACAUUGCCAGAUUUGGGUAUUUCUCUGCUGCUCUGUUGGUUCCCCACUUAAUUAGCAAACUUCUAACUCUUGUGCUACUUGGUAUGGUCCAAAACCCAAAUGUGGUCAAUAGUGUUGUAGCUCCUGUGCUUGUGGGAUCUGGAUUCUUGAGAAAUACAGAAGAAAUGUCCAUUCCUUUUACAAUCUUCACUUAUUUUACCUUUCAAAAAUAUUGUUGUGAGAUUCUUGUUGUCAAUGAAUUCUAUGGACAGACUUUCAUUUGUGGCAGCUCAAAUGGUUCUGUGACAGCUAAUUCAAUAUGUAUCUCCACUCAAGAAACGGACUUCUAUGAAAACAUCUGCCCAGGUGCAACAUCUAGGUUCACUGCAAACUUUCUGAUUUUGUAUUCAUUUAUCCCAGCUUUUGUCAUCCUGGGAAUAGUCGUAUUUAAAAUAAGGGAUUAUCUCAUUAGCAGGUAG